AUGAGCGGGAGGGCAGCUGUGCGCAACGUUGCCACGGCACGGCACCGGCACCGGCACCGGCUGGGUGAGACGCUGCUUUGCCACCGCGCAGCGAUGCUCAGUGCAACGCGGAUGCUGGCACUGCCGGUACACCGAGAUGGCAGCGGCACGGGGUACAGCAGGACACACCUGCACGCCCUGUGGAAGAUCGACGACAAGCCGGUAAAAAUUGACAAAUGGGACGGUUCAGCUGUGAAAAAUUCUUUGGACGAUUCUGCCAAAAAAGUUCUCCUGGAGAAAUACAAGUACGUGGAAAAUUUCCGUUUGAUCGACGGCCGCCUCAUCAUCUGCACAAUCUCUUGCCUCUUCGCGAUUGUAGCUUUGAUUUGGGAUUACCUGCACCCUUUUCCUGAAUCCAAACCCGUUCUUGCCUUUUGUGUUGUAUCAUAUUUUGUGAUGAUGGGAAUCCUGACUGUCUAUACCUCAUACAAAGAAAAGAGCAUUUUCCUCGUAGCUCACAGAAAAGACCCUGCGGGGAUGGACCCCGACGACGUUUGGCAGCUCUCCUCCAGUCUCAAACGGUUUGAUGACAAGUACACCCUGAAGCUGACUUUCAUCAGCGGGAAAACCAAACAGCAGAGGGAAGCCGAGUUCACCAAAUCCAUCGCAAAAUUCUUCGAUAACAACGGGACGUUAGUCAUGGAGGCCUACGAGCCGGAGGUGUCCAAGCUGCACGAUAGUCUGGCCCUGGAGAGGAAAACAAAGUGAUUUCUGACGCCGCCUGCCUCCUGGGAACGUGCUAAAUUAACACCAAUAAAGUAAAAUAGCAAAGAAAG